AUUGUAGCCGGAAUAUAGAAGGUGGUAAUAAAUACUACAAUCGAAUGAUCAAUCAUCUUUCUUAUCAAACCCGAUCCCACGUUUCCUAUAUUCCGUAAUCCUUUCCCCCUCUUUUUGAUUGCAGAGCGAAGAUUCUACAUUGGCGGCUAAAAAUGGGAAUAUAUCUCAGUAGUCCUAAAUCUGAAAAACAUUUGGAGGAUGGGGAGAAUGAACAAUUAAGAUUUGGUUUGGCAACAAUGCAAGGAUGGCGUACAUCAAUGGAAGAUGCUCAUGCAGCCUAUCCAAAUCUGGACAGCUCAACUUCUUUCUUUGCUGUAUAUGAUGGGCAUGGAGGUGAUGAAGUUGCUAAAUUUUGUGCAAAGUACCUUCAUGAGCAGUUUCUCAACCAUGAAGCAUAUUCUGCUGGAGACUUAAGCACAUCGAUUCAGAAAUCAUUUCUCAGAAUGGACGAAAUGAUGUGUAGCCUAGGAAGUCGAAAAGAGUUAAUUGGUCUGACACGUGAACUAGAGAGCUUUGAAGAUGUGGUUGAAUGCAUAGACUACCCUGAGAGUGGUGAUGAUGAGGAUCAAACUGCUGAGAACUCUCCUAAAGAGGAAGUUGUCCCUGUUUAUAAGGGGCCAAAUUCAGGCUGCACUGCUUGUGUUGCCAUCAUUCGAGACAAACAACUUAUAGUUGCAAAUGCAGGUGAUUCUCGUUGUGUCCUAUCCAGGAAGAAUCAGGCACAUGAUUUGUCAAGAGAUCACAAGCCUGAUCUUGAAGCUGAAAAAGAAAGAAUACUGAAAGCUGGUGGUUAUGUUCAGUGUGGACGGGUUAAUGGGAGUCUGAAUUUGGCAAGAGCAAUAGGAGAUGUGGAACUAAAACAAAACAAAUCCUUGCCCGCAGAAAAGCAAAUUGUGACCGCUAAUCCUGACAUAAAAUCGGUUGAGCUUUGUGAAGAUGAUGAUUUUCUUGUUGUGGCUUGCGAUGGGAUAUGGGAUUGCAUGUCAAGCCAGCAACUUGUAGACUUUGUGCUGGAAAAUUUAAAAGAUGCCAGUGAAAACAAGUUGUCAUCGGUCUGCCAAAAAGUUCUCGACAGGUGUUUGGCACCAUCGUCUGGCGAAGAAGGGUCCGACAACAUGACAAUGAUCUUGGUUCAGUUCAAGAAGAAAAGUGCGGGGUUGGAUGAUGUCUCAACCACCAAGGAGGACCAGCAGCAGCAGCAGUCUGCUGCACCCUCCUCUCUUCUGCAAUCUGAAUGUAGCAGCAGCCUUGUUGCAAAAACUGAUUCUGUCUCUAACUAAUGCCAACACUUUAUUUUUUUAUACAUUAAUCCUACAUAUAUAUAUUGUGAUUUGCCUUAUGGAACCUGAUUGCAAUAGAAGUUAAUGACUUGGAAAGUUUUCUUGUAAAGCUUUUUUGGAACCAUAGUAUCAGAAUAUGAGGUUAUAGUCAUCGGUCAUAGUGCUUUUCUUUUUUAUAACUCAUCAGACAUUAUACGUACGCCAAUUAUUGUCGUUGUUUUUUGCUUUUUCUGUUCACAUGUUGAGAACUGAUGUCUCAUUUUGUAAAUGAAGGACCCGUACAAACUUGGAACAUGUGGUUUGACACUUUGACUUGAUCAAACCAAUAAAUUACACAUUUGGUAAAUUAAGGGUUGAUUUAGCA